CAUGCACCGGUUGUAUUUUUUAUUCUCAUUUCUCGUUUGCGGGAUUUCCGCCGAACAAGUAAAAGUUUUUAGACCGUUCGGAUUCGUUAAUAAAUUAUUUUUCGGUGAUCAGCAGACGGUCGUUAGUAAACUACCUUUGCCGCUGGAAUUUGUGCUACAAAGAAUUCAAAGCGCCUAUUCAACAUAUGUGCACGAAGAUCUAAGUAGACCACCCACAUGGGACAGACCGGUGUACACAUACACGGCAAAUACCAACAAUCAAAAUCAUGAUGGUAUCAAUAAUUUGCAUACAGCUCAUUCAGUUCAAACCACAGAAAAUCUGUUUGACAUUAUUAAUAAGGAUACUAACAAAACUAGUUCUGAAGAGUUAGAAGCAGCAACAGAAUCUGAAGAAACUACUUCUUUUUAUGAAAUUGAAGAUUUUACAGAGGACUAUUAUCAACAGAAUGAAGUUUCUAAAGACAAACUGUUUGAAAUAAUCAACAAAGACACAAACAAAACCAAAGAGGAAGAGUUGUUUGAAGCAAUUAAUAAUGUAGGGAGUACCUCUAACGAAAAUAUUAUCCAUAUUACACCAAAGACUUCAACUUAUUCUUCUGUUAGUACUGAAAGUUUGGAAGUUCCAAAUGACAAUGAUGUUGAGAUUAAUGUUACCUUAAGUCAGCCAGAAAUAGCUUAGGAAUAUAUCUUAUUUUGCUAUGGUCCACAGAAUCAGCAAUCACGAGGACCGUUGGAUUUCAUAGGUAACUUAAUACAAUCCACCGGCUUGAUUCCAAUAGAAAUAAACGUACCAGAUACAUUUUCUUCAGUAGGCAAUACAGUUGGAGGUUGGGCCACUAACGUUGGAAACUUUGCCCAGGGUGUUGGAACUACCUUUCAAGGCUUUACCCAAAACAUCGGAAGUGGGGUUCAAAACUUUGCACAAGGUUUGGUUCAGCGGGUUCCCAUACUCGGAACAAUUAUCAGACCAACGGCGACGGGGGGUUCCAGUCAGCGGUAUUAUAUUUUGGUGCCAGCUCAGAACUAUUUUGAGCCGAAUUCAGCAGGCCAAAAUAUCAAAACUUUGAAUAUCAGUCCUGAUCUUUUAGAAGUAUUUCCGUAGUGAAACAUAGAUGUCAGAUUUUUUUUUGAUGAACGACCUAAAAAUGAGUGUCAGACUAGUCAAUGAAAAAACAGAAAAUAGUAAAUUUUAUGAUAUAAUAUUUAUCAGUAUUAUAUAUAUUUUGUAAACAUUUUUAUUUUGUACAAUAGCUUAUUGGUACAAUAAGCUAUUUAUGGUUCGUACAGUGUAAAUAACGUUGCACGUUAUCCGCGUGAUAGCAAGUGACGUCACAUGAUAACAAUACAAAAUAUUUAAGUCAUAGGUCGGUUCCUUCUUAGAAUGGUUUAGCCAAGUAUACUGGCUAUCGAACGAAGAUGACAUUUUAGCAGAAAUUAGGAACACUUAUUUUACAGUUGCGGUGUCGACAUUUCAGAUUUGUUUUUAUUAUUUACUAUAAGUAGGUAGUUUUAUUAUAUUUUAUCGUUUUUAUUAUUUAUUUUAACGUAGAAUUAUUACUCAGUUCUUGUUUUCUAUAAUUUUGUUUAUUUUUUUACAUUGAAUAUUAAUUUGUUUUGUUGUAUAAUCCACUUCUGCAAUAAUUGUGUGAUAUAGUUGGUUUAAAAUGAAUUCAGAUUUUUUUAAUUUGGCAACAAUGUCAACUUAAAUCCAUGAUGCAGAUAAUGAUGUAAAACGGUAUUUAUACUGUACCAACCUUAUUUAUUAACUGUUAACUACAUGGAAAAUUGGUAAUUACUAGGCACAAUAAUGUGUCUUUAUGUCUGUAAUUUACUUUUUUUGGAUAACCUAUCUAGAAGAUUAAAAUUUUUUAAAUAUUUUAAAUAUAUUAUAAUUGCUUAUGAUAAACAAAAUAGGACGUUAAAGUUGCAAUUUACUUUUUGGCGUUUUAAAUUUAUGUCUAUUUUCAACAAUAACCAAUAACGUUAAAAUGUGAAAUAAUUAUAAUAAUUGUAUUGUAAUAAGUGUUUUAAAAUUACUUCAUUCUACUUCAAAACAAAAGUGUCAAAUGCUGCUUGUAUCGUCUUUGACGUACUCUGAGUAUACGCUAAUUUAGUUUGUUACUAUUCUUAAAAUUUAAAUCUUUAGAACGAUUUCUUUUAAAUAAUCUCACAUAAAAGAAUCUAAGGGUGACAGCACAUGCGAUUAUGGAGGUCAUCGGAUGGUUUCUUUAGUUCCAGUCUCUUUAUUUUAUUGACUAGUUGUGGUGUUUGGUUUAGCUGUCUAAAGGCACGUAUCCAUUACACUUGCCCUCCGCGCUCCCUGCAGCUGCUCCAAUAGAUACGGCAUGCGCUCUUCUACCUAUAAACCGCCACCGAUUGGAGCGCUGAAGCAAAUCGCGCACCAUUGCACGGUCCGGGAGCGCCAACGUAUCCACUAUGUGGAACAGUUGCAGGAGUGCGGAGCGCAAGUGUCGUGGAUAUGUGCCUUAAGAACCUUCUCAUUUCUAACUCUGUCAAUUCAGCUUAGUUUAUAUUAUUUAUUUAUUAUUUUAUAUUUUUAUGAAUACAAGUAUUUUUUAGUUCCUUCUGUUUGGUUAAAUUACAUAUUAUUACUUAUAAGAAUGUUCCAAAAACAAAUAGUUUUUUAUGAGGGUUAUUUUGAAAUAUACUUUUUUAUAUAGGUAAAUAAUGACCGGUUGCACCAACAUAUCUUAAGAUUAAGUCGAGAAUAUCAUAAGAAUUAAUAUAAUAUAUUACAAUAAAAAUACCAUAAUAAUAUAAUAUAAUAAUAGAUAUAAUUGAUAAUAAGGUAAGAAUCUAAAAUUAUGGUGCAACGUAAGUGACAUUCAAGGAGGCCCUAUCUAUAAGUAGAGCUUAGCUAAGCUGGAGCUCAAGAUUUGUUGGUGCAACCAGGCAUGAGCCUUCUAUAAAGCGAGUCAGAAAUAUUUUGUUUAAGCAUGUUGAGGUAUUUUUAAUCAAUUAAGCAGUUGCUGCUACUUAGGUAUAUUAGAGAUACUAAAUGGUGUCUAUUUUCUGUUACCUAAAGUAGACCGCUAUAUGUAACGUGUUUGCUUUAGAGGGUGAGAUAUUUACAAUUGGUUAAGAAUGCUGCCUUUCUCUUUCUGAGUCUUAUUUCUAAUUCCCCACUAUCUGAUAAAGCCCAAUAUGAAAUAUUUUACAUACCCUUUGGUGUAUGUUAUGACUGUGAUGGGUGCGUUAAGAAUCGGUAAAAUAACGCAAAAGACGAAAAACAUAAUACGUUGUGAAAUAUAAAAAGAGAUGAAACUAGUAGAAGUGGGAAACUAUUAAUAGAAAACUAUAAAUUUACGUUAUAUUGAUAAUUUCCUACCUUUAGACGUAUCGGAGGAGUUUGGCAACUACCACUGUGACAGAAGAAUUUUAUAAAACUCUCCUGUGAGAGCUUAACUUCGAUACGUUCUAAGGUGGAAAAUUAUCAAUAUAAUGUAAAUUUACAGGUUUCUAUUGAUAAUUUCCCACCUCUACUAGGUUUUUCUCUUUUUAUGACACAACGUAUUAUGUUUUCCGGCAUUUCCGUAAUUUUUCCUGUUAUUAGCGCACUUAUUACUGUAUAUUUAUUUUCGUUUAUAAUUUUUUAUAUUAUUUAUGGUUGGUCAUAAAGUCAAACUUAUUUUGUAUUAUUUAUUUAUUUAUUAUGUUGUAUUUUAUUUGAUUAAACAUCAUUUUUUCAAUAUUUUUUAUUUGAAUAAAUUAUUUAAAAUAA